AUGACAGAAGAAACGCAGAUUUUAGUGUUAGCAUUUAAGAAUUCCGCUUUACUCACUUUACCAGGCAUUAUUUUCUAUGCAAUAUUAAAUCACUUCUCUCUUUCAUGUCAAUUUCUCAUUUCGAAUUCAAGUACCAGGCUUUCUUUACAGCUGUUUUUCCUUUCGAAUUCAAUUACCAGGCAUUAUUUUCUAUGCAAUAUUAAAUCAUUUCUACUGAUACCGGUUGACAAGACAUCAUCAUACUUCCCCAGCAUUACCAAUAAUAACAGUGAUGAGAGUAAUUCAUUAGAUUCAAAACAUGCCACAGACUAUGAUUGCGGUGGGGAUCCACUCAACUGUACCUCUUCAGGACUAUCGUCAGAAUUCGCCUCAUCUUCAAGUACCUCUACAGAGAAUUGUUCGCAACCGGCCACCACUUUGCCAGUACGACCUUAUUCCAUAGCUAGUGAAACGCUUGUCCAGGUCAUUGUUGAGCAGCAACGCAAUACAAACGGUAACAGCGAGCAAAGCAAAUCAUUGGAUUCGGUUGCUACCGUAACACCUGAGGAAAAGAAUCGUUGUUGCAUUAAUGAAUUUUUAAAUAAAAUCGAUAAUACAAUUUCCGAGUCGCAUAAAUGUGUGGAAAAGUCGAGAGAAAAAUGA